GCAGCUAGACUUUACCACGUCUAAACAUUACAUCGUGAUUUCAUCAUAAAUAUUCUUUGGUUGUGACUACUAUAAAAAGUCAAUAACGCUUGAAAUAUCCAUUACACCACAGAAUGAAAUAGAUGAAUCAGUAGAAAUAGAGAAAAAGUGGAAGUUCUGGACUUAAUAUGUGACCAAGAAGAUCCAGACAAACGACUUCUCCGUCGUUCAGAUAAAAAUUGUUCGAUGUUGAGCAUUUUUGUUGAGAGAGUGGGCAUAGGAAAUACACUGAACUGAUCCGAGGAAAAACUAACCAUGGCGAGGACUUGCGCAAAAGAUUUGCACAAUCUUUUGAGGCAUAUAGGCAAACUAUCGGGAGGACAGGCCAGUAUAUGUGACUGGGACCCAGAUGAUUGUUCCACAUUUGUGCUGGAAAUAGCCCCAUCCGGGGGUCCAUACGCAAGUGGCAAGUUUAAAUUUACGUUUCAAAUGUGCACAGAAAAUUAUCCAGAAAUUGUACCCCAAAUCAUCUGUACCACACCAAUAUACCAUCCAAAUAUUGAUACUAUAGGAGAUAGCUUUGAAGAUACUAAUAUAUGUGUGAGUUUACUAGACGAUUGGACCGAAGACAACGAACUCGAUGACUGUGUGCAAGCCUUGUUGUUUUUGUUCUAUAAUCCUAACACUGAAGACCCACUUUGCCCACUUAUAUGUCCAGCUAUAACAGAAGAUGAGUUUGAGGAUAAUGUCAGGAGAUCUUUGGAAGGGGGAGAUGUUGAGGGACAACCAUUUGAAGCAAAUUAUGGUUACGUCGAUAACAAUAUAGUGAAGUGUGGCGAUAAUAAUGAAGAAAAGGUUCAGGAAGAUGACGAAAAAAAUGUUGAAACUGCAGAUUUACAAGAAAAAUCAGAAGAAUUGAUCGCAAAACAUGAAAAAGAAGUUGGUGAUGAAGGUAACCUGGAAAAUAUAAAGGAAAUAGCUGAUGUCAGAACCGAUAAAACAUCAAACGAAAAUGCUAAUGAUGACAACGAGAUAUUAACAGCAGUAAAUUCAGAGCCUAAAGAAAGACAAGAAAAGGAAACAAAACUUUCAGAUCAAAAUGACUACAAAAUAAAAGCUACAACAGAAUUACAAUCACGUGACCAAGUAUCUACGUCUCACACAAGAUACUCAAAACAUUCAAAUAAUUUUACAGAACUAUACCAUGCAUUUGACAAUCUAGUCGCGUAUGAUACUCUUAUUUCAGUUAUGUGCACAUAUUUUAUAAGAAGGGUAUAUAAAUGGAGAUGAUAGUAUGGUGCUAUAAUAUUACAAUUGUGUGCAAUAGUCAAUUAUUACUUAUCUACAUGUGUCUUUCAUUUUCCAUUGUUAGUUUGUUUUUGUUUUUUUACGACAGAUAAUAAAUUUAUACGAAUAAAAAUAUAUGCCAUUAAUUGAA